AGAGACGCUCGAAUAGGAACACUCCUCCUUGGUCCGCACCUGCGAACAACUGUUCUCUGACCGCCAACGAGGCCUGCGUCUCCGUCUGAAAUAGCAACCAUGUCUGCCGCCGGCACCUACAGAGGCACCCCGAAGCAGGUGCGCAACCAAGCACAGUUCGCCAACAGUCCCUCCGGCAUCCCACGUCCAGCGCUCGACCAGCAUGCGUCACAAAGCGAUGCCGGUACAUCAACGCUCAGUGCCAGUCGGCAGAAAAUGUCGAAACGAGACGAGGCCAUCCGUCGCAAGAUCGAGACCGACUUGAACAAGAAGAAGAACCCCGGUGGGCGCGUCCGUCCGACGAGGAAAGCUCCUCCAGGCACCGUUCUCGCCCUCAAACCCAGCCCGGCAUUGCAGAUUAAGCCCAACACGACCGUCGCCGAAGCCGCGCAAUUGAUGGCCGCGAAGAGGGAGGACUGCGUUCUCGUUACCGACGACGAUGACCGAAUUGCCGGUAUCUUCACCGCGAAGGAUCUUGCUUUCCGAGUUGUUGGAGCUGGAAUCAAGGCACGGGACGUUACUAUCGAGGAGAUCAUGACAAAGAACCCGCUCUGUGCGAAGACCGAUACGAGCGCGACGGAUGCUUUGGACCUCAUGGUACGGAAAGGUUUCCGUCAUCUGCCGGUCAUGGACGAGAACCAUGACAUUUCUGGUAUCUUGGAUAUCACAAAAUGCUUCUACGAUGCUAUGGAGAAGCUGGAGCGGGCCUAUAGCUCCUCGCGGAAGCUCUACGAUGCGUUAGAGGGCGUGCAGGCGGAACUCGGAGCGAGCCAGCCGCAACAGAUCAUACAAUAUGUAGAAGCCAUCCGAACGAAGAUGUCCGGUCCCACGUUGGAGUCAGUAUUGACUGGACUGCCACCGACUACGGUCUCUGUUCGCACAUCGGUCAAGGAGGCAGCUGCGUUGAUGAAGGAGAACCACACCACGGCAGUGUUGGUGCAGGAUCAAGGAUCAAUCACCGGUAUUUUCACCAGCAAAGACGUAGUGCUUCGCGUCAUCGCUGCUGGUCUUGACCCUGCUACCUGCAGCGUUGUGAGGGUAAUGACGCCCCACCCCGAUUUUGCGCCGAUGGACAUGAGCAUCCAGGCAGCUCUUCGCAAAAUGCAUGACGGCCACUACCUCAACCUGCCUGUCAUGAGCGAGGCUGGAGAGAUUGUGGGCAUGGUCGAUGUCCUCAAGCUGACAUACGCUACUCUGGACCAGAUCAACAACAUUAAUACUGGCGAUUCGGAAGGUCCCGCCUGGAACAAGUUCUGGCUUUCGCUGGACAACGAGACAGAAUCCAUGAUGUCCGGAGAAGGCGGAAGCAGAGUGCCCGGCACUCCGGAUCACCGGUCAAUGAUGUCGCAUGAUAUGCAUCGUCCAGGCCUUAUUGACCGUGGAGACAGUGUGCUACCGAAUGAGUCGGCAUCCCAUCACGGCGACUCACCAUCUGCCUCGGCUUUAGCUGGCGCGCCCCAUACGGCCUUCGAAGAUAUGCCAUUCCCCUUCAAGUUCAAGGCUCCCAGCGGACGCGUGCAUCGCCUGCAGGUGGUCGCCUCCGCCGGGAUUGAGGAGCUUGUCACAAAUGUCGCUGCCAAGCUCGGAUCUGAGGUCGAUGCUAUAGGAGGUGCACCGACCUUUGAAGACGGGAAGAUGACCAAAUCCGGCUUCGCACUCAGCUACCUCGACAAUGAGGGUGACACCGUCUCUAUUACCACAAACCAUGAUCUAAUUGAGGCAAUCAGCCUCUCGCGCCUAGCCCACCGAGAGAAAGUCGACCUUUUUGUACACGACCCGGACAAGGCUCCGCUCUCAGCAACCGUUGAGCCUCAGCCCGCAUUGGCAAAACCGCCGACUCCUCCCGAAUCUGUGCUCCGCGAACGCAAGCAAUUCUUCGAUGACGAUGAGGAGGAGACUCGCUCCAGACACCGAGGUCAGUCAUCGGCACAAGCCAAGCAGGAAGAGAUUAUUGCUGGGGUUCCCAAUGAUCUACUGCUCCCAGGAGCGAUUGUGACCUUGGCGGUUGUUGUAGUGGCCGUCUUCGCUCUCGGCCGCGCCUCAAACCGGUAGACGCGGCGAGACGCCAAUUUUGAUUUAGUUUUGGCGGUGUGUAAGAAGACCAGGUUGUUGGAUUGCUGUUCCCCGUUUUGAUAUCCCUAGAUGCGGUAGAGAUGGCGUGUAUUCUAGGCUUUAGCAGUAGUAUUAUAAUGCUAUAGGGCAUGGCAGGAUUCC